AUGAAGAUUAAGAAACAAAGUAGGCACAGGAAGACAUUGACGUUUUUCACUGCUUGUUUUGGUUUCCAUAAGCCUUACAAAGUUCUCUGUGAUGGAACAUUCGUGCAUCACCUUAUUGGGAAUCGUAUAACCCCUGCUGAUACGGCUCUUGCAAAUAUUCUUAGUUCUACGGUCAAGCUCUACACAACAAGAUGUGUUCUAGCUGAGUUGAAACGGCUUGGUAAAUCGUAUUCGGAGGCUCUUGAGGCAGCUCAUAAUCUUAUAAUUGCAAGAUGCGAGCAUGAAAAAUGUGUAAGGGCCGAUCUAUGCAUCAUGGAGGUUGUCGGAGAAAAUAAUUCCGAGCACUUCUUUGUUGCUAGUCAAGAUACUGACCUACGGAAGAAGUUGCAAGAGAUACCUGGUGUUCCUCUCAUAUUUGGUCUCAGAAAUGCUCUUUUCCUUGAAUCUCCAUCGGCAUUUCAGAAGGAAUAUGUCAAAACUUUGGAAGAAAGACGAAUGCAUAUGACCAACAUAGAAUACCAGAUAUUUAGAGAUAGGGCAAAGAAGAAAUUAGCUGGUGGGGAAGACAAUAAUUCCAAUACUGAAAUAACGGAAAACAAGGAUGCAGGAGAUCCAAUUGCGAGUGCACAGGCAAUAAAAAGAAGUUUUACUUCAAGGAAUCAGAUUGGCAUCAAGGAUAAACCUCAGUUCAAGAGAAAAAGAGCAAAGGCUCCAAACCCGCUUUCGUGCAAGAAGAAGAAAAGUCGUGAAAAUCAAAACAAUUCUUCGAAGGAAAAGAAAGGAGACAGCUCAGUGAAGAGAAGCAGGAAAAGGAACAGGUCGCGGAAAGGGCAAACGCCAGCAGAAACCGGUAGUUAG